GUUUAGAGCAGAUGAAUUGAAUAAGGCAUUCUGCUUGUCGAUAAGUUAAUAUAUUCGUUUUUCUAAGCAUAGUAAUGAGCAGACUUUUUAAAUGUUUGAUUUUUGUUUUACUUGGCGUUUUCAAUGCCAUAAAACAAGGAAACUCAGCAGUUGUCACCAACAAUGAAGCUGAUGACCAACCCAAAGAUUCAGCCCAAACAUUCCCGCCUUUCAUAACACUGCUAGCUCCAGAAAACGUAUCGACAGAUGUGCCUGCUUAUUUCCAAUUACCAUCUAGAUAUUCAAAUACUGAAUACAACGAACUCAGUUUCGCCACACACAGGUCAGAUCUAAUAGAAAUUCCGCUUUGCCCUGAGCUCAGAACGACCAACGAAUCUCUACAAGUAGCUUUACGCUCGUUUAAUGAGAACAUACCUGAUACCAAAAGUUGUUUAUUUGUUACCAAAUUCGAUAAAAACGAGCAGCAAACAUGCAGCCAAGAACCCAAGGCGGGGCUCGCAGUAGUGCGAGACGUGCAUAGAAACGAGAUCAUUUGUGGCAUCAAUGAUGAACAACAAUUGAUUAGCGCUGAAUACUAUAAUUGUGGCACGGAAAAUUAUUUCAAAGAAUAUUACGCAUACGCAUCACUCCCCAGAAAACCAGACGAAAGGGAAGUUCAUCUCCAACCUGAAAUUUAUGGUAUGUACGAAAUAUGCUACGAUUUUAUAAACAGAAAAACAGUAUGGACAAGACACAGGAUUCUGACUCCUGAGCUACUCACACAUAAAAAUUACCCACACAAGGACUUGGACAUAGUUGAUUUGAAAGAAUUUAACACGGAUACAUUUAGCUUGGCAAUGUAUGACAGAACUUUCGCUGAUAUGAAAUAUGAGUACGAAUCUGUCAACACCAAUAUGAAAAUAUACUCUUUAGUACCCAAAGAGCACAUGGCCCUACCCUAUUGGAAAAAAUCCACUGAUCACAUGAUCAAUUCUGCACCCAUACUUCCCGAAUUUAUACCACUAAUGAAAGCUAUUCAUAAUGGAAUUUUAUUAGCUUCAAAUCACGUACAUCGAAAAUUCCAUCAAACAUUGAGAAUUUAUACCAAAGCUGAGACAAUAUACACUUACAAACACAGCGUGUCGUCAGCACUUUACCUCAAGCCACUUAUGAAAUCCUUUUUCCCGAUAACAUCGACCGAUGUAUUUCGACCAAGUAUUUGGUAUACAAUUGUCCACAAUGAAAGCACCAAAUCUGCAGUUCUCAUCGUACUGCAUAAUACUAAAGAAGCUCUUCCAGCAAAGAAAGAGUGUGAUGAGAAGGAUAUGCUGUCAUGUAACUUCAAAAGUUGGGUUGAAAAUCCUGAUUCGAUUAAUCAAGGUAUACUAGAGAAUGCUUAUUGCUGUGUAAUAACGCAAGAACGAGCUGAAAAUUUGUUUUCGAUAGCGUAUUUAAAGAUUCGGGAAACUCUUGAUAUUCAAAAAAUAAUAAAUCCUAUGAAAGACCAGAUCAUCUGAAGUUUUUAAUUAUAUUUUAAAGUAUGAGAUAGAUAUACAUAUGUAAGUAAGCUUAAGGAUGUACGAGGUAUUCAUUUUUUCUAAUCAAUAAGCAAAUUCGAUUAAGUGAUUUUUCAAUAAAUUAAUCAGCAUGUAAUAAAGAGUU